AUGGUAAAAGAAGACGUUUUACACUAUGCAAGUGCUAAAUAUCAAUACUUUGCCCGCGAUAUGAAUUUGCUAACGAUUGGAUAUGGUUGCACGUGUGGAUGGACGAGUCCAUCAAUAAUUUUAUUGACAUCAGAUGAAACACCAUUGGUGUCUGGCAAGAUUACUAUGGACGAAGCUUCCUGGCUUGCAUUCUUGAUUUGUGUGGGUGGUAUAUUGGGAAACAUAUUUUUUGGAUUCAUUACCAAUCGUUUUGGUCGAAAACUACUGCUAAUUCUCAUCUCUAUUCCAACCAAUGUGAACUGGUUAAUUAUUUUCUUUGCAUCGAAUGUCUAUCAACUUUAUGUCGCCCGGAUAAUUGGCGGUUUUGUCGGUGGUGGUGUAUUUGUGAUAAUUCCAUUGUUUCUAUCGGAAAUCGCAUGUGAUCAAGCUGGACGGAAGUUUUUAUUUUUGGUAUCAACUUUCGGCACUGCCUUGGGCCUUAUUACAUUGAGAGUAUAUAUGAUGCUGAAAACGUGGAAAUACAAUGUCGAAGAACUUAAUUGGAUACCAAUUGCAAGCUUUUCUUUUGUAAUUUUCGUUGCGUCAUGUGCAAUUUUGACAUUGCCUUUUCUUGUUAUCUCCGAAAUAAUACCCGAAAAUCUGAAAGAAUUUGGCGUAUCUUUUUGCAUGACACUUCUGUGGUCGUUUGCAUUUAUCAUACUAAAAUAUUUACCACUUCUCACCGGAACGUUGGGAUUCCAUGGAAGUAUGUUUUUAUUUGCUGGCGCAUGUUUGUCCGGCGCGAUUUUCAUCAUGUUCUACAUGCCUGAAACAAAGGGCAAAUCAUGA